AUGGAUUUGGUGCAGGCCCAGUUGUCUGCGCAGAUUCUGGCUUCUUGGGCGAGCCAUCUACUGCUUUCCAAGAUGGUCAGGGCCAUCUCCCGUCCAGCAGGAGGGAAGGGGGUGCCUUUAUCGCAGGCUACCUGUGUCGCGGCCGCUGUCCCGUCGCCGCUGGGCGGGGACUUCUUGCAGGCGGGUUCCUCGAGCUGUGCGCAGGUGACAGACCACUCGGCGCAGCUCGGCGGCAUCUACGUCGCACGCAGCCUCGUCGAGAUGGGCUUCCCUCAGUAUCAUGUAGCGUGUGCGCAGGUGACAGACUACUCGGCGCAGCUUGGCGGCAAUUGCCUCGCGCGCAGCGUCAUUCAGACGGGCUUCCCGCAGUGCAUUCUACGUACCUUGCGCGUGCCGCACCCCGUUACGAUGACCUGGCCAGGAGCGCCGACGUCGGCGGCCGAUGGGCACCGCACGGGCGUCAAGCCGCCCAUUUGGGCCCUCGCGCAGGACAUGACGGGCGACAUAGACAACGUGGAGAGCAAGAAGGAGUACGUCAGAAUAGUGACCGAGCUCGACAAGGAGCUCUUGAAUAGCAUUCUGCAGCAAUAG